AUUUUCCAACAGAAUGAAGCAGGCCAUGGACGGCAACCGAAACCGGUUCGUUUCCACCAUUGUUUCUUGUCGUUAUCAUCAUCCCCAUUGCCAUAUUACCCUCCCAAUUUCACUUCACAUCAGAAUCACAAAAACACACAUACACCCACCAUGUCCAUCGCCACGCGCCGCCUCAUCAUGCUGUCUCGCCGCUCUCACCAAGCUCUGACCACCACCCGAUCCACUUCAACCGCCGUAUCCGACACUCCUAGGUUCCUAAAACACAACUCUCCUCACCCUAUCCUAACCGAUCACACAUCUACCCUCUCCUGUCCCCAGACACGUCUCACCACUCUUCCUAACGGCCUCCGUAUCGCCACUGAGUCUAAUCUCUCCCACACAGCCACCGUCUGUGUGUGGAUCGAUACAGGCUCCCGGUUUGAAACAGACGAGACCCGUGGUGUUGCUAAUUUCCUUAUGAAUAUGGUAUACCGAGGGACUUCGAAGAGGUCUAUGAGUGAUCUGGAUGAGGAAUUUGAGAACAUGGGAGGCGAAUACCAAAGCUAUAUUUCAAGGGAACAGACGGUUUAUAUCGUUAAAGUGACGGCAACAGACGUGCCUAAGGCGAUUGAUGUUCUAUCUGAUAUGUUGCAGAACUCCACUUUUGAAGAAAACAUGAUUGUAGAUUUGCGUAAUGAUACGAUAACUCGGAUGCUAGAGGAGAAUGAAGAUCCAGAUUCGGUAGUUUCUGAUUGUUUACAUGCUGCUGCUUUCCGAGACACUCCCUUUGGUCGGAGCACUGAUGGGCGUCCUAAAGACGCCUUUUUUGUGACAAAGAAGGUUCUUCAAGAUUACCUUUCAACCCACUAUUCCACCCACAGAACGAUCAUUACAGCCUCAGGGGCCGUUAACCAUGGGGAGAUUGUAGAGCAGGUGAAAAAGACGUUCACAAAACUAUCGACCAAUCCCAUAACUUCGACGCAGUUAGUAAAACAAGCGCCUGCUAUAUUCACUGGGUCCGAGAUUCGUAAGAGGGAUGAUGAUAUGCCGUAUGCUUAUUUUGGGAUUUUCUUCAAAGGAGCUUCAUGGACAGAUCCCGAUUCGUUUGCUUUGUUGGUCAUACAACUUAUGCUUGGAUCAUGGACCAAAUCCACAGAUGUCGACAAAAAUAAGGGCUCACAAUUCGCUCAGAUGGCGGGGAUCGAUGAACUUGCUGAGCACUUAAGGGCGGGGACUUGUCACUACAAAGAUACCGGGCUCUUUGGUGUCAGUGCUAUUGCUAAACCAGAUUGCUUAGAUGAUUUGGCUUCUGCAAUAAUGCAAAAGUUAAGCCAACUAUGUUACCAAGUCACAGAGGAGGAUGUUAUUCGCGCUCAAAAUAAGCUUAAAUAUGAAUUCUGUAAAGAACAGCCCAGGGCUGAAGAAAUUGGACGGCAGUUGCUUGCAUACGGGCGUAGAAUCCCACUUGCCGAAAUGUUAGCCAGAGUUGAUGCAGUGGAUGUUGCUACAGUCAAACGUGUAGCUAACAGAUUCAUAUUUGAUCAGGACAUAGCAAUUGCAUCAACAGGGCCAGUGGAGCUAUUGCCAGAUUACAAUUGGUUGCGUGGUCGCACUUCCAUGCUUCGUUCUUAGGCUCUUUUGUAUCGCCUCUAAUACGAUUUGGACUCGAUUUAUACACCUGAAUCAUUAUGCGAAUUUUUGUUUC